CUUUCCUGGUUUGGUCAGUGUUUCUACAGCACUUUCCGUCAUCGCAUACAUGGUUUGAUCAAAAGCCGGGAUCCGAACUCGUGGCCGGGCCGUGACGUCACAUCCGGCGGCUGGGAGCAGCUCAACGUAGCCGGCCGCGCGACUGUAGCAGGUGAACCGAGUGUCGCGGCUCAGCUCGGCGGAGGAGGCGCCACCUGAGCCCGUCGCCCGUCUGACGUGGCGUCUCCGGGUCGAACAGUCGUGUGCGGGGAGAGUCGCGGAGCAGCAGGCGCUGACAGGACGUGAGGUGACGCCCAACGUGGUUGGUCACAUCCCGAUCCGGCGGCAGAGGAGACCAGGUGAGCCAGCCGCAGGCAUGAGGGUCCUGGUGACGGGCGGGUCCGGGCUGGUGGGCCGGGCCAUCCAGCAGGUGGUGCGGGAGGAGGAGGGCGGCGGCAGAGAGGGCGAGCAGUGGACCUUCCUUUCCUCGCAGGACGCCGACCUCAGGAGCAUGGAGGAGACUCGGGCGGUCUUCAGGAAGCACCGGCCCACGCACGUCAUCCACCUGGCCGCCAUGGUGGGAGGCCUGUUCAGGAACAUGAAGAGGAACCUGGACUUCUGGAGGGACAACCUCCACAUCAACGACAACGUGCUGCAGGCGGCUCAUGAGGCGGACGUGGUGAAGGUGGUCUCCUGCCUGUCCACCUGCAUCUUCCCGGACCAGACCAGCUACCCCAUCGACGAGAGCAUGAUCCACCGCGGCCCGCCGCACCACUCCAACUUCGGCUACUCCUACGCCAAGAGGAUGAUCGACGUGCACAACAGGGCUCAGUUCCAGCAACAUGGCCGCCGCUACACGGCUGUCAUCCCCACCAACGUGUUCGGGCCACACGACAACUUCAGCGUGGAGGACGGACACGUGCUGCCGGGCCUCAUCCACAAAGCCUACGUGGCUCAGAAGGAGGGCAGCCCGCUGGUGGUGUGGGGCUCCGGCGCCCCCCGCAGGCAGUUCAUCUACAGCCUGGACCUGGCACGCCUCUUCCUCUGGGUGCUCCGGGAGUACCCGGAGGUGGAGCCCAUCAUCCUGUCAGUGGGGGAGGAGGAGGAAGUGUCCAUCCGAGAGGCGGCGGAGGCCGUGGUGGAGGCGCUGGACUUCUCCGGCCCGGUGGUGUUCGACGGCAGCAGAGCCGACGGCCAGUUCAAGAAGACGGCCAGCAACGCCAAGCUGCGGCGCUACCGGCCCGACUUUGCCUUCACGCCCUUCAGCCGAGCACUGAAGGAGACCUGCGACUGGUUUGUGGCCAACUACGACUCGGCCCGCAAGUGAGCGAGUCUCUCCGACCUGUGCAAGUCUCGCCUGAGCCAGUAAAGUUCCAGUCAUGUU